CGGCAGCAGGUUUAUCCACUCAGAGGCAGCAGCGGCUGCGAUACUAUUUUUAGAAGCAGCGUUGCUGUAGGAGUCAAUCAAACUGGCGGCUCCAACAGUGUUUUCAUGACAAUCUGCUGCUUCUUUUUUUGGGGUGCUGCAGUCUUCUGAGAUUCCCAUCAGCGCUCACCGGGUCAUGAGAUAGGACGCUGCAUUUACAUCUCUCUCUCUCGCUCUCGCUCUCUUUUUUCACCUUCUUGUCCUGAGCUGGUGCCCAAUGAUGCCCUUUCUCCUCCUUCUCUCCCGGCACCGGUGGACUGCAAACUUUUACGCAACAGCAUUUCAUGGCACCAGUAGCUGCGAUGCUUUCGGGACCUCGUAUAGUUUUGUGUCUUUUCAGUCGUUGCAAACGAAGAUGAGACAAGGGUGAGACAGGAAUGAGAACGGUUUCGUAGGAACCAACGGAAGAGCCUGAAGGAAAAAAAGGAAUCAAGAAGCGCACGGUUGUUUCCUCUCCACUUCUCUCUUUUUUUUUGGAAUCUGGCUCCUAUGGGAAUUAAGCACUCGUCCCGCUGCAUGCUCCUCAGGAGAAAGAUGGCGGAGUCUGAGAGCAUGGAGCAGCCACAGUCGCAGCCGCGGCCAAUACGCAUAAUUCCAUCCCAGUCGGUGCAGCCCACCUCGCUGCCCAAGCCCGUGCCUUCCAUCCAGCACACCCCACGGCCUGUAAUCCCACCGCACACACCCCACGCUGCCAGUCUGCCAAGCUGCCCAGGGCGAGGCAAGAUGUCCAAGUUCCUUAAUCCAGAGGAGAUGACCUCGAGAGACUACUACUUUGACUCCUACGCUCAUUUUGGAAUCCAUGAGGAGAUGCUGAAGGACGAAGUGAGGACGCUCACCUACAGGAACUCCAUGUACCACAACAAGCACGUCUUCAAGGACAAAAUAGUGCUGGACGUCGGGAGCGGCACCGGGAUCCUGUCCAUGUUUGCAGCCAAGGCAGGGGCGAAGCACGUGUACGGGAUUGAAUGUUCCAGUAUAUCAGAGUACUCAGAGAGGAUCAUCAAGUCCAACCACCUCGACAGUGUUAUCACCAUCUUCAGAGGCAAGGUGGAGGAGGUGGAGCUUCCCGUCGAAAAGGUCGACAUCAUUAUUUCGGAGUGGAUGGGUUACUGCCUCUUCUAUGAAUCCAUGCUCAACACUGUCAUCUUUGCCAGGGACAAGUGGCUGAAACCCGGUGGAUUAAUGUUUCCUGACCGUGCCUCUCUGUACGUGGUGGCCAUUGAAGACCGGCAGUACAAAGACUUUAAGAUACACUGGUGGGAGAAUGUAUAUGGCUUUGACAUGACCUGCAUCCGUAACGUGGCAAUGAGGGAACCGCUGGUGGACGUCGUGGACUCCAAACAGGUCGUGACCAACUGCUGCUUAAUUAAGGAAGUGGAUAUCUACACAGUAAAGCCCGAGGACCUCUCGUUCACCUCAGCGUUCUGCCUCCAGAUCCAGAGGAACGACUACAUCCACGCACUGGUCACCUACUUCAACAUCGAGUUCACUAAGUGUCAUAAAAAGACGGGCUUUUCCACGGCUCCGGACGCUCCAUACACCCACUGGAAGCAGACAGUGUUUUACCUGGAGGAGUACUUGACAGUGCGGAGAGGAGAGGAGAUUACUGGUAGCGUUGCUAUGAAGCCCAACGAGAAAAACAUUCGUGACUUGGACUUUACCUUUGAGCUGGAUUUCAAAGGGCAGCUGUGUGAAGCAGCCAUAGCUCACGACUACAAGAUGCGUUAAAUUGGACCGAGGGGGACUACAGCGGUCCAUCGAGUACAACCCUAAAGCUCCAGGGGGGGAGACAGGUGACUCACAUGACCAUAAGCACACUGUCCGAUGUAAAAAGGGGACAAUGAUGGGGAGGAAAAAACAGGCCGAGUGGGUCCCACUGACAACAUCACUGCUGCCACUACGGUGUGUGAAGAACACAGGAAGUGACUAGUGACAUUAAACAGUUUUGAAUGUAACAGUGACAAAAAGAAAUGUUCUAGUGUUGAUGAAUGUCAAAGAUUAUUGGUGUACGUGUGGUGUGAGAUGGCAUGAUGUAACUCUGUGUUCUGCUCACUAUUUGUUUGCCAGGAAAAGACGUUGGACCUUAUGGAGGCAAAGCUGUUGUUUUUAAAAACACAGUAGAUCUUAUGGUUAUGAAUCACUGUACUGUCCACAUAACGUUAUAGUACAAUAAUGAGUUUAGUUUUUAUGUCAAAAUGUACUUUUGUAUAUGAUAAAUACAUUUACAUUUAAUAGCAUUGCAUUUAUAUUUGUGUAGGAAAACUAGUAACUAUGAAAUACCACAGCCAAGGACAAGCCUGUGUAUGUACUGUAUAUUUGAAAGGUGAAGUGUUUGCAUUGUCAGUGUACAAGUCGACGUGCCCUGUGUUUUUUUAGUUUGAGCUAUGAUGUUAAAAUCCAAUAACAUACCGUUCCCAUCCCAA